AAUCUUUUGCGCAAAAGAAAUCCCAUGGUUUUUUAUACCGGGCGUCGUGAAGAGCUUCGCAUGGUGUCGGAAGAGCUUCGACGCCGCGGGAGGAAACUCCCUGGUGGCCGCCAGGUGCCGCGUUUGAUCCUGGGAGUGGCGGCAUUGCUGCUGCUCUGCCAGGUCUUGGGUGGCGCUUUCGUGCCGCUCCACAGGUCGCUGUUACGGCUGGCCUUGCCGGCUGCUGGGCAGCUCUUAGGUCUGUUGCCUGCUGUGGCAGAGGAACAGAAAGGAUACAAGGAAGGCUUGAUCCAGAUCGGCUUCCCUUUCCAGGUGGCAUACCCUGGUGGUAUCCCAUUCGACGACUUCUACCUGGGCGGUGGGGAGGCGGAGUUUGGUGCGCAGUCCUUGACGAACCCAAAGGUCGUCUAUGUGAAACCUGAAAGUCGAGCUUACGCGCAAGGUUUGCGCGUGGGAGACGAGCUGACCUGCGCGUGGAAAGAUGAUAUUUAUGCCUUCUAUUCGGAAGGACAACUGCGGCGGAUGAAGGGUGUGGAUGCGGUGCUCAAGAAAGCUGCCAAUGCGUCCUCUUUUUUGGGAAUGGAAGCCAACCCCGGGCUGAAGAUGGAGUUUAUCGCCACCGGUGUGGUGCAGCCCGGCGAUCCGGCGCCAGACUUCAAGCUGCCCGCGAGCUCGGGGGGCGAGUUGAGCUUGUCCGAGCUGCUCCAGGGGAAUGAGUACCUGGUGGUUUUUUUUCGACCUGGCAGCCGCUUCCGAGGCGGCGAUUUGCAAGAAGUGCGGCUCUUCGGUAAAGCCACCAGAGCAUUGGCUGAACGCGGUGCAACGGUGGUGGGGAUUCAAAUGGAGCCUGUUGGCGCUUUGGCGGCGCAAGCCAAAGGAUUAGAUCUGAGCUUCCCUUUGCUGUGCGACUACAAUGGCGCCACAGCUAAAGCCUAUGGUGCCUACCUGGAACUCGAGGAACAAGGUCCGAACAUCGACAGAAAGACCUUCAUCAUCGGCAAGGACGGAAGCAUCAAGACAUCCUUCGUGGAUGUGGGCUACGACGCCGACAAGAACCAGUUGGUGAGACACGUGGCCGAUGUGGUCCGCAUCCUGGGUGGUGAUCCGGUGAAGGUCAAGAGUGAACUGGCGCCAAAGUCCCAGAGUUUGGGCGACUUUUUGGGCAUCGCGAAUCCGGGGAGUGCACCUGUGACGCCUGCACUAUGAGAGUCGUCUGGGCUGUGACGGUUAUUGUGGA